AUGGCUACUGGAUUACCCAUGGUUGGUGAUUCUAUGGUGAAAGAGGCGCUGAGAAGUCUAUGUCGCAACAAUGGAUGGUCUUACGGUGUUUUCUGGCGUCUUGAUCAGAAAAGUUCUUUAUUGACCUUGCAAGAUUUGUACUUUGAAGAAGUUGAAGAUUUGAUGGUGGAUAUGUUUCAACAAGUUCAUGUACUGGGCCAGGGGGUUGUUGGCCAAGCUGCUUCUACUGACAGGCACAAAUGGAUGUUUUCUGAUUCUCAUCUCGGAAUUGAUCAUUUUGAAUUUAAUAGGCUGUUCCCUGCUGGAAUGAAGACUGUAAUCGUAAUCCCUGUGGAACUGUGUGGUGUGGUUCAGUUUGGCUCCACCCAAAAGCUGGAAGAGAGAUUGGAGUUCAUCAGUCAAACGAAAGAAAUUUUUCAAAGCAUCCAAAUAAUUCAGGGACUUACUUCAUCAUCGGUGGAUGGUCUCUUUUGUCCAAACGUUGACGCUUGGGAUGCAAAUGAGCUAGCUGCUUCUCUAGUUUCAAGUCAGGGCUUCCAUUUUACAACUCCAGAAAUUCAACAUGGUGAUGCUAGGCUUCUUCAAGAUUUAAUGGAAACAGAUUGUUCGUUAGCAAACAUGACAGAUCCAUUUCUUUCCACUCUAGAGUAUCCAAAACUGGAUCCUUUUGUCAUUGCCCAAGGUGAUCGAAAUGGAAAUGAAUCUAAUGUUCAAUCACAGCUGUCGGACAUGUUGUGUGGAGGAUUAAUGGAGCUCUCUGCUUCUCCAUUUCCCCGGAACAGUAUGUGGAGUGAUUCUACCAUUCAAGAUAGCUCAAACUUGUAUGUUGACUUGGCAAACAUCUCAAAACAGUUCUUCAGAAACAGUCACGGUUUUGAUGAAUUGCACCGCCCAUGUGGAGAUCACCUGGAAAGACCUAGCAAACUCUGUACAUUUGAGGAGUUGUCGAAAUUCGACUCUCUGGAUGGUCUACCAAGAAAUGCUGCAGUUGAUGACAUUUUACAGUGUUUUUCUUCCUUGGCAGACCAGAACAAUGCACCCAUGACAGCGACACAAGCUAGCGAGCCAUCAGGUGGAGGAAGUAUGAGCGAGGAUCGUACUAAUAACAUCAUUAUAGACAACCAACCGUCUACCUCAGCCCAAAGCGUAGUCACUAAUGCUCUAAGUUCUACUGGAAAAUUGGAAUCUUUAGAGGCUUUUGACACUGGAAAGCAGUUUCCUUGUUCUGGAAUGGCGGCUGGGUCCAACUCCGCUCAAUGUUCAGAUAGUAUUUUCUUGCCAGUAGAGUUAGGCGGUCACUUUGAUCGCAAAAAAUCCUCCGAUUCAGACUGCUGCAUAUCAGGGCAAUCUGUUGACUCCAAGCUCAGAACCACCUCGGAUACUUUAUUCUCAAAAUUAGGACUUCAUCAGAGACUGGAUGAAUUCUCGAGAGGCACUCAUGUAGCUGCUAGAUCUGAUCCCGCUGAUUGGUUGUCUUAUUCGGCUAAAAGAAGGAAGAUGGGGAGCGAAGUUACUUGUCUUCCUCAUUAUGUUGGGAGUUUGAAGGGAGUGGAGCCUGUAUAUCAUCAUCUAAACAGCUCAAAGAUAUUUGAAUCCAAGGAUAGGGACAUCAUGAGUCUAGAAGCAGUUUCAUGCAUCGCUGAUAGUUGUAGUAUUGGAGCUACAAAAACAGUUUCUUCACCGACGAAGCUUGAGCAACCUGUUAAACCCAUUAAGAAGAAGGCUAAACCUGGGACAAAACCGAGACCGAAAGACAGGCAGCAAAUUCAUGACCGUCUUAUAGAGUUGAGAGAGCUAAUCCCCAAUGGAGAGAAGAUGAGCAUUGAUCGAUUGCUGCACCUCACAAUAAAACACCUGCUUUUCAUGCAAAGUGUCGCGAGAUAUGCUGAAAUGUUACAACAAUCUUCCGAGGAGACAAAGAGAGAAAUCCAUAAAAAUAGUGGUGGCAUUACAUGGGCAUGUGAGGUUGCAGAUCAGAAAAUGAUUUGUCCAUUAAUAGUUGAGGACCUUAGUGUCCCUGGGCAAAUGCUUAUAGAGCUUGACUCGUGUGGAUGCUUAAGUUUUUCCUGCUGCCUUUCUUGGAAAGUCACAACAAACUGGUAUGCCAGAGCAGCGCGCACGAAUGCGGCUUACUUCGCCACAAGGGAUUGCAAAAAUUUGAAGGGCGCCGAUGAUCCAAGGAAAGUUUUCCACUGCCUUAAAGUUGGAAUUGCUCUCAGCAUUGUCUCAUUGUUCUAUUACAUGAGGCCUCUCUAUGAUGGUGUCGGAGGAACCGCCAUGUGGGCUGUCAUGACGGUCGUGGUGGUUUUUGAAUAUACGGUUGGUGCAACAAUUCAAAAAUGCUUGAACAGGGUAAUGGGAACUUGUAUGGCUGGAUUGCUUGCAGUCGGAGUUCACUGGCUGGCAACUAAAUCAGGGAACACGAUUGAGCCGAUUAUCACCGGAACCUCGUUAUUCUUACUUGCUUCGGCGGUGACAUUUUCGAGAUUCAUUCCAGGAGUUAAGAAGAGAUUUGACUAUGGGUUGAUGAUCUUCAUCCUGACAUUUAGCCUGGUAUCGGUGUCGGGUUUCCGGGUUGAGAAGCUGAUAGAUUUGGCAAGGCAGAGGUUAUCAACCAUAAUCAUUGGUACUUCUCUUUGCAUCCUCACAAGCAUGCUGGUUUUCCCUGUUUGGGCUGGUCAAGAUCUCCAUUGUUUGAUUACUCGAAACAUGAAAAAGCUCGCUGAUUCUUUAGAUGGCUGUGUUGCUGAAUUUUUUGGAGAUGAAAGCUUGGAGAAAACAAGCGAUGGAUCAAUUCCAAAUCCAUCAGCCUAUAAAUGUGUAUUAAAUUCCAAGGCCACUGAAGAAGCAAUGGCAAAUUUUGCAAGAUGGGAACCAUCUCAUGGCAGAUUUAGCUUCAAACAUCCUUGGAAACACUAUCUCCAAAUCGGUGCCUCAAUGCGCAAAUGUGCUUACAUCAUCGAAGCCCUUAACAGUUUUGUUAGUAACAAGAACGAGGGUUGUGCAGUGAUGAAAAAACAAGUGAAUGAUGUAUGUGAAAAAGUGAGUUCCAGCGCUACAAAAAUCCUAAGGGAAGUAUCCAUGAACCUGGAAAAGAUGGAGAAAUCCACAAAACUGGAAAUCUCAAUUCAAGAAAUGAACAAUGCAGUACUUGAACUUAAAAACCAACUCGAAUCCUUACCCAAUUUAGUCCUUUCUUCUUCCCCCGAUAAAUCAUCAAAAUCAGAUGAAGGAAAACAGGAUGAAACAAGAUCAUCAGGAGGAACAAUAACAAUGGCAGUUGACAUCAGCAUCCCACUGGUGGAAAUGAUACCAUUGGUCACCUUUGCUUCUUUGCUGAUUGAGAUUCCGAGUAGGGUCGAAGCCAUUGUUGAAGCUGUGGAUGAGCUAGCAAAGAUGGCUGAGUUUAAGCCGCCGAGAAAGCUAGUACUAAAACAAGAGGACACCAUAACAAAUGAAAACAAACGUGAUCAAAUUCAAAGGAAUGCUGCUGCUGCUGAUGAUGAUGAUGAUGAUGAAACAAUGAAGACUCUUCAAAGGGUCUGA